CAUAUGUCAAUAUUUUGGCAUGAUGGCAGGAGAUCAACAUGAUUUUUUCGCCGAGUUAGAGGCUGAUUCUGACUCGGGCAGCGAUUUCGAAGGUUUUGAGCCAGAAGAUAUUGUUGCCCAGGAAAUCCAGGGUAAUGAACCCAAUGAGGACCCUUUCGAGAACUGGUCCGAGGGGGAUCGGGAUGCCCAGCCAGAAUUACCAUUUGCUGGGACUCCGGGCCUGACUGAUGGACUUGGGGAGGGCCAAAUCCCUCUACAUUACUUCCAGACACUGCUCCCGGGGGAAACAGUUGACACUAUGGUGGAGGAAACCAACCGGUAUGGGAAUCAGCAGCUAGACCUCAGACAGGGACAACUAGGGACAUUUUCCAGAUUUCGAAAGUGGCAUCCCACAAACAGAGGGGAGAUGCUGAAGUUUCUGGCCAUUGUGAUAGCCAUGGGCCUUGUACGACAAUCGAAUGUUACUGACUACUGGUCUACCAGACCUGUCACCGCAACCCCGUUCUUUUCAUCUACCAUGUCACGCGAUCGUUUUUUGUUGUUAAUGUCUUUUUUCCAUCUCAACAAUAAUGCUAGGUAUAUUGCCAGAGAAAGUCCUGGCCAUGAUCCAUUAUUUAAGCUUGGCACUGUCUAUUCUUCUAUUCUUUAUAAGUUUGCAACUACAUACAAGCCCCACCAGUUUAUUUCAGUAGACGAGGGUAUGGUGCCAUGGAGGGGUAACCUUGCUUUCAGUGUAUAUAGUCCAAACAAACCCAUAAAGUACGGCUUAAAAGCUUACAUGCUCUGUGACUCUGUGUCUGGCUAUUGUUUGCGUUUCAACUUAUACACUGGAAGGAGGGUUUCCCUACCAUCUGAGCACGGAACAAUAUAUGAUCUUGUGAUGGAUCUGCUCCGUGGCAGGUUCGGGCAAGGUCAUGUAUUGUUCUGUGACAAUUACUAUUCCAGCCCUCGUCUAUUUAUGGACUUGUGGGAGCUUGGUGUGACUGCAGUUGGGACUUGUCGCAAAAACAGGAAAGGCCUCCCCCAGCAACUAAAACUCAAGCAGUUAGCAAACAAAGGUGACACAUACAUUAUGAGUACUGGUCCACUAUCUGGAAUGAAAUACAAUGAUUCCAAUAUUGUGUACAUCUUAACCACUUCAUACACAUGUGAAAAUGUCACCCACAAGCAGAAAAUUAGACCAAAGUGUGUUGUUAUGUAUGACAAAUUCAUGGGAGGUGUUGAUCGUUCAGAUCAGAUGGUUGCCAAUUUUAGGCUUGACCUGAAGGUUCUGAAGUGGUGGAAGAAGGUGUUCUUCCACAUUCUUGGGUUGACUGUGCUGAACUCAUACAUUAAAUAUAAAGGCAAUGUCAGGAAUCCAAUGACGCACAAGCAGUUUAGGGAACGCCUUGUUGAGGAGCUUGUCGAGUUGGGGAAUAUUUGUAAUACCAUUCCUGCUCCGUUGCCUGGUAGACCAAAAUCUCAACCGUUAGACAGGUUAACUGCUAGGAACCACUUCCCAAGGAAACUUGCAGGAAUCAACCCUUCAGCAAGGAGAUGCAUUGUCUGCAAUCCUGCUGUUAGGGAGAUUCUUGCAAGUAGAGGGGAGAAAAGGAAACGUCCCGGCCAUGAGACAGUGUAUUUUUGCCCUCACUGUGACGUUUUUCUUUGUGUUGUUCCUUGUUUUGAAAUAUAUCACACAAACCAAGAUUAUAUUCUUGCAUACAAACGCCAGUAUUCUGAGGAAUGACAUGUUAUACUAUCCAAUAAUUACUGUGUCAUCAUUGUUAUUAUUGAUGGUCUGUUUUAUUCUGAAAUUGAUUUUUACCAUACUUUGCAUUGUAGUUCAUAAAUUUGUAUUAACAGUCAGUAUGGUUUUGACACAUGGGUAUACAUACAUCCAUGUCAUGAUGCUCUGAAGUUUUUCAAUAAAUGGCUAUUGUCCAUACUAUAAUUUCUGAUAAAUAAUUAAUCCUUCAAUAGAAUUCAGCACAGUCACCCAAGAAAUCAUUGCUUUUUUGGGCAGAACUAUUAUUGAAUUGCAGUUUUGGGUAUUGGAUUCAUCCUGACAAACCAAGGCAACUGCUUGUCAUUGAUAACAUAGGUCAUGUACAUAACUCUCUGUAUUCAAUUUUUUAUAUGACUAUUUUCAAAGUUCAUUCUGUUAUAAUAUAUAUAUUAUAAACAAUGUAGAUGUUUUACUGAUAUAUAUAUAUAUAUAUAUAUAUAUAUAUAUAUUCCUGAGUAUUGCUGGGGGAGUCACCUGUUGCAUCAUAUAAAUACAUACAUUUCUUCUUCAUUAAGAGACAUGAUUGCACUUAAAAUAUUUAAUUAAUGCUAUAUGAAAGCAUAGUUUGGAACUUUGGACCCAUAGGCACAUGUUGUGUUUAUGAAGUCUCAAAUAAUUUUUACAGACAUAAGUUACUGUUAACUUUGCUUAUGUGUACAUGUUUAAAAAAAGUUGCUAUGUUUCCAUAGCAACCAUUUUUUGUUGAAAGGAAAUGAAUGAAACUUUAUAAAGAAAAUGCUGAUUUUCAUAAUUCAUGGUUUAAUUCAGUAGUACUAUUUACUAUUAAAUUCAUACUAAGACUACUGCUUGUAAUUUGUUUACAGUCUAGUAGUAGUACUGUCUAUGCCAUCAGUUCAUUUGUAACUAUACUUCUUUCUUAGGCCAUAAUAACACUUAAAUAAGAACAUGUGAGGAAUUUGUUUGCUAAAAAUGUUUCAUUAUAACAUUGAUUUCCAUAACACUGAUAGAAAUUCAUAAUUGUUGUUAAUCAAAACCAUAACACUGGAAAAAUUUGUUGGAUGUUGUAUGGAUGUCAAAUAAAGAAGAUUGGUUGCCGUGGUAACAUGUAGAAUCACAUUAUCACCAAUGUUUUGAAGUUGCUUAAUGGUAACAUUAUGUUUAUCAGACAUUAAACCAGAAAAAUA